GGCGUUCUGGAUGGGCUCAAGUGGGAGGAUAUAUCUCGCCUCUGGAGCAGUUACUGCGACACUGUAACCUAUCUGGCAUCUGUCCAUUUGUUCUGGUCUCCUGCAAACCAUUCGGAACGCCAUGAAGCCCUUCACCUGGGUUCUUGCUGCCCUCAGCCUGCCUCUAGGCCAGGCCGCCGCCUAUCUGGUCACUCCCCCCGGCACGCCUGCCCCCGGCAGCACCGAAGACUGCAGUUACUGGAUUGCCUACAUUGAACACGCCACCUGCGAGCUGAUCGAGGAGGUCUACCAGAUCACCGCGGCACAAUUCGAGGAAUGGAACCCAAUUGUGACGGAGGUGGGCUCAGGCUGUGAGAUGCUGCCGGGGCUGUACUACUGUGUGCAGAUCGACUUCAUCUACCCCAGCACCACGGUGGCUGCCUCCUCGCCGGCGGCCACCACGACGACCUCUGCCGCGUCCAGCUCAGACACUCCCCUCCCCAUCCAGACCGGCAUGGUGAGUGACUGCGAUGAGUUCCAUCUGGUCGUCAGCGGCGACGACUGCGCGAGCAUCGCCAGUGACUUCGGCAUAUCCCUGGCUGACUUCUACGCGUGGAACCCAGCUGUGGGUGAUACUUGCGCUUCUCUCUGGGUGGAUGACUAUGUCUGCGUGGGCAUUGUCGGGGGGAGCAGUUCGGCUCUGACGACCUCGACCGUGGUCAGCGCCACCAGCGCGACCUCGUCGGCGACGGGCAUCACCACCCCGAGCCCUAUCCAGACUGGUAUGGUAAGCGACUGUGAUGAUUUCUACCUGAUUGUCAGCGGCGAUACGUGUGCCACCAUCGCCAGUGAGUACGACAUUACGCUGGACGAGUUCUAUGAUUGGAACCCCGCCGUCGGCGACACUUGUGCGAAUCUCUGGGUGGAGGACUAUGUCUGUGUCGGAACCACCGGGGAGAGCGCGUCGGCGACAUCGACAACUGCGGUCAGCACCACCAGCACGACCUCGUCCACCGGGGUGACCACCCCCACCCCCUACGAGACCGGCAUGGUGGACGACUGCGACGCCUUCCAUCUUGUGGUUAGUGGCGAUACCUGCGCGGCCAUUGUCAGCGACGCCGGCAUUACGCUGGAUGAAUUCUACGAGUGGAACCCCACUGUCGGGGAUAGUUGCAGCGGCCUGUGGGUGGACUACUAUGUCUGUAUUGGGAUUGAGUGAGAUGGAGUGCGAGGCGAGGCCGGUGGUGUGAGAAUGUUACAACAUAAGAUUUUGGUCGAUUAGUCCGAGCACGUUGUCACUGCGAAUUAAUUAGCCUAGCAAAUCUACCACC